AUAAUAAAAAAACAAUAGCUUCUUAUUAAUUUUACAAUAGUAAUUUAGCAGACAAAAUAUCUAUCUUGUUUAUUAUAAAAAAGGCUCGACUCAAAAAUUAGUAACAACUAACAAUCUAACAGAGUUAAAAAAUUAAGCGUUUAGAAUAUAUCUUGAGCAUAAAAUGAAAAAAAAUGUGUAAAUGAAUCCUAUCCCUACCCAGUAGUAUUAAUCAAAAUAUCUUUAUGGAGGAAGUUCAAAAUAUUUAGAUGAUGGUACAGAUAGGAUAAUAUAAUCUGAUCAUGAUUUAUAAAAUUCUUAAAUAUCUUAUAAAGAUUAACAUCAAAGUUAGCCUAUUGAACAGUUUGAUGAUAUUUAAAUUAGCAAAUUGCCAUAACUAUCUGAAGUUAUUAACAUGAAAUUUAGAAACGAAGAUAAAGAAUUGCAUAAGCAAGUCAUAGAUAUAGUAAGAUAUGCGUAAAAUCUAGAAAAUAUAGUCAAAUAUAAAAAUAGAGAGAUCGAAAGACUUUAAUAUCUUAUAAAGUAUCUAACAAUUGCAUAGUAAAAAAGAGAUGAGAUGCUCUCUCACAUAUAAGAAGAAAAUAGAAAAUUAAAAGAGUAAAAUGCAUAUCUAGAGAAUGUAAAUAAGCGCCCUUUCUAAAGAAGUUCUAUAUCCUAAUCUACUAAUUAGCUUCCUUCUGUAUAGAAUUAAUUAAAAUCCUAAAACCAGACUCCUUUAGCUUAAAAUAGUCCUUACUAGGUUUUAAACUCAUCAAAUACUUAAAACUUAAACUAUCCACUAGCAAAUAACAAUUCAGUCCAAAGUACUAAUAAAUUAAGCAAGAAAUACAGUUUUCUGAAACCUAGUGCAAGAAGAAGCUUCAUGGUAAAUGAUGAAAUAAAAGGUGACACUGAUACUCCUAGAAGAAUAAAGCUUAAAAAAAAAGAAGGAGUGGAUGAUAGACCAUAAACAAUACUUAGCUUAUCAUUAGAUGCAGAUAUCAACAAGUAUUAUUUAGAAAAAGAAUUUGUUCAAUCACUAUCUGGAAUAAUUUUAGAAGAAGAUUUGUUUAUUCAAUAAGUAAAGUAACUUGAAUACUUAGGAAUGAUAACAUUAUUUGACUCUAUUUAAAAACUUAUGAUUGAACAUAAGAGUUUAUUUUAUUUGGUGUUCCGAUUAAGAAAACUUUUGAAGGCUAGUAUUACUAUGAAUUAAAGUAGAAUAUUCUCUGAAGCAUUAGAAAAUAUUGUUGAAGAAACAUGUAAUUGUCUUGAAUCUGAUAGAGCAAGUGUUUUCAUUUUCGAAUAAGAAAGUGAAUAGCUGUGGACUAAGCAUGCAAAAGGUUCAAAUAAAACUAUCAAAGUUCCAUUUGAUCAAGGAAUAGUUGGUGCAGUUUUUACAAGUGGUUAACACUUAAACAUUUUAAAUGCAUAUAACGAUGAAAGGUUUAACAAAGAAAUAGAUAAAAUGAUGAAUUAUAAAACAAAUACUGUUUUAGCAUUCCCAAUUUUUGAUAGAGAUGGAAUCAAUGUACUGGGUGUUAUUUAGUCUGUUAAUAAACUAAAAGGAUAUUUUACAAAAGACGAUGAAGGACUAAUGCUUGUUAUUUCACAAUUAGCUUCUAUUGUUUUAAGAAAUUCAGAGUAAUUUGAUUAAACUAUGCUGUUUCAAAAUAAUUUAAGAACUCUUCUUUAGACUGGUAUAUAACUAAGCACUUGUUUAAAUUUGGAGGAGUUUAUUCCAAAAGCUGAAAAAAAGCUAUAAGAUUUAUUUAAUUCAAACAAAGGAAAAAUAUUAAUAGUUGAUGAAUAGCAAAAGAAGCUAUUUAGUAUUCACUCGGAUUCAAAAUAAAAAGUUUAUCAUGAAUUAGGAGUUGGCAUAGCAGGUAAAACUUACGAACUUGCAGAAACAUUAAAUAUAUCUAAUGCUUACAACCACCAUCUCUUUAAUUCAGAAGUUGAUCUUGACACAUCUAUGCCAAUAAUAUCCAUGCCUGUAAAAAGAGAUAAAGGUUCUAAUAUAAUAGCUAUACUAUAAGUAAUUAAUUAGAGAGGUAUUUAAGGACUUUCUUCGACAAACAGAUCAAAAGUUAAUUCACUAGAUUUUGAAUCUCUUGAAUACUUCAGUCAAUUCUUAAGUUAAUUUUUAAGCAACAUAGAUUAUUUAAAUCAAUCUAAAAAUAAAAAUUGAAAUUUAUUAUAUAUUCAUACAAUUUUCGUUCCUUUUUGUAACUUUUUUAGUUAAAAUGAUUCAUGCUUUCUUUCUUUUUUUUCCUUCUAAAAAUGCAAAUUAAUUCAUUUAUUUUUAUGAUUUGACUAUCCAUCUUUUUAUACAUUUUCAUCAAAAUUUAGCUAUUUAUUACUUUCGUUUGCUGAAUUCAUUAUCAGCUUAUUUUACAUGAUCAUGUUACUACCUUACACAAAUUUUAGGAAUGAAAGGGUAUUCUUUGUUAGGAAGAGAUUCUUAUCUAUAAUCAAAGGCAUUUAUGCUACAGUAGUCAACCAUAUCAGAGAAACUAAAGCAAUUAAAUUUAUCUAGUACAACUUAUACUCC